AAGAAACGAGAAGCGAGCGACGACGAGUUGAAAGAAAUUCUACAAACAUGUCUUCUAAAGAACAAUUCAUUAAAGUGUUCGACGAGUUGGUGGUCGAGUUGAGACAGAUCUUGACGGACUACAAGAUGCCUGCCGAGGCUAUCGAGUGGUAUGAAAGGUCAUUAAACUACAACACUCCCGGUGGAAAAUUGAACAGAGGUUUAUCAGUUGUUGAUACUUACUGCAUUUUAACCAACCAAAAGGUCACCGAUUUGGACGUCGAAACCUAUAAAAAGGUGGCGGUUUUGGGCUGGUGUAUUGAGUUGUUACAAGGUUUUUUUUUGGUUUCUGACGAUAUCAUGGAUCAGUCUAAAACCAGAAGAGGCCAACCCUGCUGGUAUUUGGUAGAAGGUAUUGGUAACAUCGCCAUUAACGACUCCUUUAUGUUGGAAGGUGCCAUAUACGUGUUGUUGAAGAAGUACUUCAAGAAAGACUCGUACUACGUGGACUUGUUGGAGUUGUUCCAUGAUGUGACGUUCCAAACCGAGUUGGGCCAGUUGUUGGACUUGACAACUGCCGACGAAGAGGUGGUGGACUUGGACAAGUUCUCGUUGGAGAAGCAUUCGUUCAUCGUCAUCUUCAAGACCGCCUACUACUCAUUCUAUUUACCGGUGGCCUUGGCAAUGUUUGUGGCAGGAAUCUCCGAUGAGAAGGACUUGAAGCAAGCAGAGGAUAUAUUGGUGCCCUUGGGUGAAUACUUCCAGAUUCAAGAUGACUACUUGGACUGUUUUGGAACCCCGGAGCAGAUUGGUAAGAUUGGUACCGAUAUCAAGGACAACAAGUGUUCUUGGGUGGUGAACCAAGCGUUGAAGUUGGUUACUCCUGAGCAGAGACAGGUUUUAGAAGAAAACUACGGCAGAAAAGAUGAUGUCAAGGAGGCCAAGUGCAAGCAAUUGUUCAAUGAUUUGGGCAUUGAAGCCAUCUACCAGGAGUAUGAAGAAUCGAUUGUGGGUGAAUUAAAGGGCAAGAUUGAGGCCAUCAACGAGUCAUCGGGCUUAAAAAAGCAGGUGUUUUACACCUUCUUGAACAAGAUCUACAAGCGUUCCAAAUAGUUUAUGUAUACAUUUUCUUUAUAUAUAGAAAUUAAAUAGGGUGUUGAUGCACAUUAAGACUUAAACAUUGACUCUAUCCAACUCUUCCUUUCCGGCCUUGGUGUACAAGAAUUCGUUGUAGUCUCUGGCUUGGGCCCAGAUGCUCCAGACGAUGGAAAAUGGGAUGAUCACGAAGAGAGCUUGGUUUUUAACUCUUCUGAAGGUGUUGAAAAAUGCUUUGUGUAAGUUACCCUUCAAAGGUCUGGUAGCGUAAGGGGUUACUGUGUACUGGUUGACGUACUUUUGUUUGGGGCCACCGAUAGCACCCCACCAUCCCAUGUAAUGUUUAGCUGCUGGAGGACCUGCCAUUGUGAAUGUGUGUUGAGUGAGUAUU